AGACCCGUAAAAUGCCGGAACCAGCCAAAUCCGCUCCCGCUCCUAAGAAAGGCUCUAAGAAAGCCGUCACCAAGACUCAAAAGAAAGGUGACAAGAAGCGUAGAAAGACUAGGAAAGAGAGCUACUCCAUCUACGUGUACAAGGUGCUGAAGCAGGUGCACCCCGACACGGGCAUCUCGUCCAAGGCCAUGGGCAUCAUGAACUCCUUCGUCAACGACAUCUUCGAGCGCAUCGCGGGCGAGGCCUCGCGCCUGGCGCACUACAACAAGCGCUCCACCAUCACCUCGCGGGAGAUCCAGACGGCCGUGCGCCUGCUGCUGCCCGGCGAGCUGGCCAAGCACGCCGUGUCCGAGGGCACCAAGGCCGUCACCAAGUACACCAGCUCCAAGUAGGGCGCCUCGGACCGUCACUCUCAACCCAAAGGCUCUUUUCAGAGCCACCCAUAUAUUCAGUAAAAGAGUCGAUCACAGGUUUUUG